GCUAAGCUUGUCGAGUAUCUCGAGACACUCACUUCGCACAGUCGCGCUGUAUAGUUCCUCCGAUUAGGACGUGUGGACCGCUUAAGCCCACGUUACAGUUACGACGACGCGCAAUACCUGCAACAUGGAGUAUUUAACAUGUCGACCAAGCAUUCUGUGCCUGCUGGGAUUAUGUAUACUGCUAUUCAAAACAGAACUCACAGAGGCACAAGGCAAACGAGCCUCACGUGUAACCAGCUCCCGCAGCUUUGGCACCAACGUCAAGCCCACCAGCUCCAAUGGCCUUAGCUUCGACUGCCCCGAGGAGUUCGGCUACUACCCGCACCCCUCGGACUGCACCCAGUACUACGUGUGCGUCUUCGGAGGAGCUCUGCUCGAGAGCUGCACGGGCGGCCUGAUGUACUCGCACGAGCUGCAGACCUGCGACUGGCCCCGCAACGUGGGCUGCGAGUUGGUGGACACAUCCUCGGAGCGCGACCCCGCACGUUCCCAGAUCGAGAGCCAGAGCCAGACGCACACCCAGGCGCAGCAGCAGCAGCACGUGCCCAGCCGAGUGCGCUUUGGGGCCGCUUUUGGCAGCCAGGGCGGCACGCAAAAGGCGCCAACGGUGGCGCCACAGUACCACCGCUCUCCGCCGCAGGUGAUCCAGGCGCAGGUGCAGCACGUACCUCCUCCGCCACCGGCGCUGCGAGUGCCACCUAACCCAGUGAUUACGUCGCGGGGACAACCCAAACCACUGAUUGACUCCCAGGAGGAAAUUGCAAAGCUGUACGCCGAAGCUCAGGAGACGUUGCCGCCGGUAGAAGAAGAGGAGUCCGAUCGUCAGCAGAGAGUGUAUCGGGGCCAGCCCAGUACCGUUAGCCAGGUGCAGCGCGAUCGCGACGGUAUCAUCCACCAGGCCAGUAUCAAUGCCAUUCCCCAAGCUGGCAAGAUCGGAUCGUACGCCUUUGGAACGGCCUACAGCGAAAGCUUGGACGACGACCAGACGCUCGAAUACGAACUGUCCCACAACAGACUCGAUGAAGAUAGGCGGCGCAAACGCCGCGACCUUAGCGCGCAGGUCUCGGAAAAUCCUCCCAAAGAGCCUUCAGAACCCGAGAAUCCCACUGACUCGAUCACUUCGAGUGAAGUGGCGGAGCCAGAUAGCUUCGGCACACUUUCGGUUAGUAGUGAGACCUCAAACAGCUCCAACAACUCAAAAGAACGCUCUGACGAAGCAGCUCAGGCCAUCUCUAAGCCCCGGAAGUACUCCUCGAAGAUCAGUCAGCCAAAAGGGGAGACCGCCAUGGAGUUUGCGUACGAACAGGCUGCCGACGAAGACGGCGAACCAGUAGACGGAUAUGGAGACGAGGGUGAUGUAGCCAUGGGGGAGUCAAAGAGGCGGUCCCGCCAACUGCGACCCAUCCAACAAGCUUUAUCUAAGUGGCCGGGACCAAACUACCGCGCCAUCGACGCGCCCUCUCCCCCACAGUACUCCCAGCAAACAGGCUAUAGCUUUGGAAGUUACAAUCCAUACCUUACCCCGCCCAAUCCUGCACAUGCCCACCCUCACGGUAGCCACAACUAUAAUCAGCUUAGUCCCGGCUACCAAGUCUAUCAGCACCAGCAGCAGCAGCAGCAGUUAGCUCCCGCUGGGUCCCUCCCCCAGCAAAAGCCCAAAGUGGUCUACACCGGCUAUAAUCUGUCGUUGCCUCCGCCGCCGUUGGAGGACGACUUUCGCCCUAUUGCAGGGAGCUACUAUGGGGCGGCAGGCACAGGUCUGAGCAAUCAGCGACCCCCCAAUAACCAACAGCAGCACUCCAGUGCGGGCGACCUGCUCCCCUACCUGAUACAGCAGCUGAAGGAGCUGAAGGAGCGGCGCAAGCAUCUGCAAGCGGAAAACUUCGCCUACUUCCAUCUGGACAAUCAGCCGGAGAGCCCGGCCCCCGCAUCAGGAACCACAUUCGUGCCCACAGCCGGCACCACCCCGCAUACUCCCUUUGCCUACUACUCCCCCGUAGACCCUUCCAAGCCCGCACACCAGGUGACUCCAAACGGCCAGUACAGCACCAUGGGUGGGUUCUACAACAACCAGAAGCCGGACCAUGCACCCUACACCGCAAACUAUCCCGGUAAGGUGGUCUCCCAAUACAGCAUUGGCUCUGCCGAGGGACAGCGCAGCACGACGGAGAGCAACUACUUUCAGUACAACAUUGUUGCCAACCAGAAGAUGAAGGGAAUCUUUAGCACUGCCACUCCGAACCAGAUUGGGCACGCGGCUACCAAAGUAAGGCCUCCAGUUACGCCGCUGCAGGUGACUCAGAGCAUAAACGUGGUGUCGGCCCCGAAUUUGGCAUACAAUAGGCCCAAUAGUUUACAGCAGGUCCCGUUUCGGGACUUUUCGCACUUGCCUGUGGGAAUUAGCUACGCCAGCAACAACACUAUGCCAGAAUCCUACCAGACCUUUACCAAAUCAAUCAGCACAACAGAGCCGCCGCUGCGCGACGUGACCACGACUACGCCGAAGUCUAAGCCGACCAACUUUCAAUUCAAUAUCCACGAGUUUAUGGCCAAUCUUAAGGCCAGUGAUCUGGCCAGUGUUAACCCGUCCGUAAAUCCGUUGAUGAAGUAUUUCAAGCAGGUCAGCAGUAUCGGGAAUGGGAAUGUAAAUGGCCACCUGCGCAACACGGUUCUCCGCCGUCCUGUAACAACCAGUACCAGUUCAACUAGCAGCUCAAUCACUACAACUCAGAUUCCGACCACGUCAAGUCCACCGACGCCCAAAACUCGCCUGAGAGCCAAACCGACAGUGCCCACGCCUGUUACUCCGUCCACAACAAGAGCUCUCAAGGGCUACGAGAACUUCGUCAAGGGCAUACAGAACCAAAUCAACAAUCAGGCUUCAAGCCAAAGUCCUGUCUCCAGCACAUCAACCAGCACUCUGCGAGUGCCGACCACCACGACGGUCGAAAGCAUCGACUAUUAUGACGAGGACUACGAAGAGGAGGAGGAUAAGGACAUACUGCCUCCGUCGCAAAUGCCUCCUUACAUGCCCAUGUCCGAGACCAUGGCACCUCCGCGCCCACAAAUGGGCGCAGCCAUCCCCGUCUCUGAGUCUCCGACAAGAGGGCGUCCAAACUUCCAGACGGGCUUUCUGGAAGCUACGACAACCCGCCGUCCGUUCCCCAACUUCUCGCAGCUGAACCAACCAAGUGCAGAGGCUGGCGUGCCAUCGUUCCUCAGCUUUCCCAGCGACAUCUUUCAAGAACUGAAGCAGCGGCUGCCGCAGCUCUCGGAGUCUAACACGUCCCAUACCAGUAACAGUACACGAGUACCCACGACCCCAAGCAUCUUGCGUCCGACUUACAAUCCAAGCACAAUCUCCUCCAGCACUGUGCAGCCAACAACUCGAGUGCGAUAUACAACGAGACCGCGUACGCGGGGACAACAAAAAUGGAUGACGAUGUCGUCGGUUCAGGGACAACCAAACACAAGAAACCUCACCGACAAUGGCCCCGUUGUUUUAGACUCCAGCAAGCAGAGCAACCUGGGCGGCUUGCAACUGAACUCUAUACAUGUCGGUUCAGGUGCAGACAGACACAGAGCUGAGUCAUCCUCACCGUCAUCGCUAGGGGCGCCGGAACCCGCUAAUAUAUUUGUACAACCCACGUCACAAGCUCCACUGCCACAGUUAGACCAGAAUCGUAACUUCUACAAUGCAUCCAUAUUUAAUCAUGGGGGGGGCGGCUACCAACCACCGCAGCAACAACAGCAGCAGCAACAACCACAGCUACAACCAACACCAUUCCAACAAGCGCAACCGCAACAACAACAACAUCAGCAGCGGGCACAAGCCCCACCACAUCCCUAUGAUUCAUCCUUUUAUUCUGUUUACGACGACGAUAUCGAUUUAUAUAGGGAUAUAGAGUAUCAGCAGCAACAGGAGCAGCAGCAGCCAGUUGCCCCCCAGUAUCAACCAACAGUGCGCCAACAGCAGCCACUCUCAACCUACCGCCCUCUAGAACUUUCGGCUACCCCGACGCCGCCUCAGAAGACGUCUUACGGCAACCAGCCGACUUUGACCUACUCAUCAGACUACGAUGAGGACAUUAAUGCACAGAUCGAGCAGGAAAAUGUGUACGAUCAGUCGACACGUUCGCCACAGAGACUGGAACAGGUAGCCAUACAAAGGCUGGAAUCCCGGCCCACUCCUUCGAGCGCCCCCUCCACGACGACGUCUGUCUUGCCUCCCGAUGCUCGCACUUACUACGACACGCUUACCACACCAGAUCCUCCGAAGCUCGGGCCUGCGGACUACAGCUACUCCAGUUCCGCCGAGUACGCUUACGGGUCGGUAGAGGACUAUGAUCAGAACCAGCGCAUACUGACUGGAGCUAAGUCCAAGACCCAAGCCGAUACGGAUGACUACGACCUUAUAGCCAAUGUUGUGGCUCCUACCGGCAAGACCACAAUCGCGCCUCUGAAACGAUCUCAGAACACAAUAUCGACUCCGCCACCCAGCAGAAGACCAACCAAGAGUUACACCACCACCACACAAACUGUUAAGGUCACAAAGACCACAACAACACCAUUUUCACCACCAACAACAAAACUAGCAAGCUCGAAAGCGCAUGCAAAUAAACAACAUGUUCCCAACAAAUCAAAGACAACUAGUACAAAAGCUUACAGUACUCCAAACACCACCACACCUCCCACGAAUCCCUCGACCUAUAGUUCCAAUCCUUUUCUCAAGUCCAAACUGCAAAGUCUUGCCCAGUCGCUGGCUAGCUUUGUAUCACACAGCCUGUCCCGACCAAACAACACAGACUACCGUCACGUUCAGAACCUUACAAACCCCCAUCGCCAGUCCACAAUUCCGGAACAAAUCCCGAACCAAGUUCCCGCCCAAACCUCUUCUCCAAUUCCCCCUCCCUCGACCACGCAAUGGCCUCUGGUGAAGGACAGCUCAGGCAGUAAUCAACAGGACCCCGUUGAGACCGUCUUUGACGAGAGUCAAAACAUUCAUGUUCAGACGGCCGAGCCACCAAAGAGUCGCUCCUUCGAAACCAACACCUCGUCUAAGUUUCUGGACUUCAUCAAUGCUGCCGCUUAUGGCACCAGUCCGCGUGGCAAUUUGCUGAAUUCAGUAAACAGUGAUAUACCGUAUCGCGAAAGAGGGUAUUCAUUGGAGUCAAACUCAAAAGAACCAGAGCCACAACGCAAACGUAUUCAGACCUACAUCACUUCCGAUGUGGAGCCACAUAGUUUUAGAAUUCCGGCAAACGGUGGAGUGAUAUCUCCGCCGGAAGAAAUAGAUACAGCUAGUACAACGCGACCCAAUAAGCCAAUUCAAUAUAGUCUGCAGAGUGGAUCGCACGGUUUUAGUUUGCGUGUUGAGCAGAACCAAAGCGAAGGUAACGCGUCUGAGCCAAUUUUUUCGGAAAAGAAGAGUCUCCCCUUAAGCACAAGUACAAGCACAAGCACAACUACUGAAUUGUCUGAGGAUCUUGCGGAUAUUAUACCCACAACAUACGCGCCACCUCUCCGUAUUUGGCGCAAUGGAAGACCCACAAUUCAACAGACCUAUUAUAGGCCAACAACCGCCAGCGCCACCACAACUACCAGUACCAGUUCGAGCACAUCAGCUUCUACCACAUCCAACGAUAAUGUUGGGUCUAGCAGCACUCUCAGGACCACAACAACACAAAAGGCUUUGGCUCCGCCCAGCACGGAACGGUAUAUUGUACCGGGAGUGGGUUAUACGGCCCGCGCCAAUUACUUCAAAGACAGUCUAAAUCGCGUGACCGCCAACCCGGCGGCGCGCUUUGUCUCGCCGUACAAAAGUCUGGAGAACUUGCUCCAGGAGGAUCGCCAGCACCAGCACCACCAACUGCGAACAACCGCUAGACCGCGCCUAACAAAUGCACCUGUCUUUCCGCCCUUCCUCCAGACUACUUCAAAGCCGCCAAAGAAUCUGUUCAUAACCACAUCUGCAAGAAACACCAGUCAAGAUGUUUUGGCCACGAUGGCGACAGGCAACGCUCGUAACUUCAGCGUAAGUGACGCUAUCCUCAGCACAUUCAGUCCUCAGCGACCUGCGCCGAGCAUGCUGCGAACCACCACUACAACCACAACCACUACUAGCACAGAGCCACCGCCGCCGGAAGUGACAUCCACUAUAACUGCUGCUCCAACGACCACUUCUGCCGUGAUCGUCUCUUCGCCCAUCCGCCUAUCGCAGUCCCCCAUGCGCCCCCGUGGCCGUUCUCGCUACACGGCGGCCACUUUAAACAGUCUAGGAGACAGCGUGGACGAGCCCACGACUUAUGCGCCUAAAUUUAGGCUGCCCGCUGGGUAUGAUUCCAGUCCGUAUCCGAAACGCAAGCCCCAACGCGUUCGGGUGUUCAACAAUCAGCGGAUUUCGUUUGGCGAGCCAACAGUAAAGCCACAGGAAAAGUAUGAAGCCUACAAGGCUGCAUUACAGGCCAAGGAUUCCGCUGAUGGCGCCCAAAGUGUUUUAAGCAAGUCCCUUAAGCGCAAACCAAUCGAUAACGAAGCCAGCAUUCUAGACGAGCCGCGGGCCGAGGCCUUAGUUAGCCAGCCAUUACCAAGCAAGCUGCAGAACAGCAUAGAGGAGCUCAGUACCGCGAUAGCCUUCAGCUCCACCGAACAUGUAGUGGCGAUAACAGACCGUCCAACUGUCAAGUUCCUUUACUCUAACAAAUAUCGGCAACAAACGGCAGAACGAACUCUGGCGGAAAGUCUUCAGAACGCUGGAUACAUCACAUCUGCCAACGGGCGGGCACAGAAAUUCAGGUCCGCCAACGUCCUCGAACAGCUCAGGCAGUUCCUGGCCGGCAGCGACAGUACCAGCAACAGCGAUGAGAGCGGCACAUCCCAAUUCGUGGACGAAUAUUCAUUGCCCGAAAUAAAGGCGGCGGUCAAUGAGGUCAAGCAUCUUUACUUGCCCAAGGAUCCAACGGCUACGACCACUGUAAAAACGAGCACAACCACGCCUCGUCCUACCACCACGCCGAUGGCCCCACUCAUCACAACCCGACCCACUGCAGCAUCUGUUAACGCUUCAGAGCGACAAGUAGCUUACCACGCCAAACCGUACUCCAUAGCCUCAACUUUUAGCGCAUGGAGCACCGAACCCCCUCCAACUGCAAGAACCACCCCCAGUUCCCCCGAUGUUAGUACUGCUAGAAGCCCAAAAGUCUCUCCGACCCCCGCACCCGCCCCCGCCCCCACCAUCGCUACAGCCACACCCUCCCCGUUCACACCGCCCACUGCGCGCGGUCGAGGGUUAACAAUGUCAUAAAGUCGUCGAUUGCCGCCGCUGCGCACGGCUCUAGCCCCUCAACCUAUCAGCCACCAGUGUCAGCGGGCAAAGUCCAAAAG